AUGGCACGCAUCAAUGUACCUUGCGCGGACCAAAUGAACAGAGAUCUCUAUCGGGCAGCACGUUGCGGGGAUGUAGGAGCUUUGGAGCAUUUGUUACAGCAAAACGCAUCAAUCCUUGACAAGAUUCCUGAUGACGGCUGUGAAACUCCCUUACACAUAUCUGCACUGCUUAAUCAUGCUUCAUUCACUGAGGCUCUUCUCAAUCGCAAUCGCGACCUCGCCAUUAGACAGGAUUCUGCUGGAAGAACAGCCCUCCACUUGGCUUCUGCAGAGGAUAACUUGGAGGCCGUGAAGAGACUGCUAGAAUUUAAUGAUGAGCCAUGCUUGGUUGCUGAUAGAAAAGAAAGACUUCCUCUGCACUAUGCAGUUAUGAGGGGGAGGACAGAGGUUGUGGAAGCGUUGGUCAUAGCGCGGCCAGAUUCCCUAGGUCAUCUUGACCCAGAAAAGAACACAGUUUUUCACUUGUGUGUCACAUACAACCAUUUCAAGACUCCGCAAGCAUCGGUGAAAUUCGACCAUGCCACUGCCAAUAUUACUGUAGGCGCGCCCCGUGCUCCUAUCUUUAAGCUCCCUGAUCGGGCGGGAAACACCAUUCUCCAUUUAGCCAUCACGUACAUGCGAGAUGAGGUUGUCAGUAUUGGGGAUACUACUAAUUUUGUAGAAGAGAUUAGGGGGAAUGUGAGGGCGGCAUCUGUUUUCAUAGCAACUGUAAGCUUUCAAGCUUUAAUUAAUCCACCAGGAGGCCUCAUUCAACAAGGCUUAUUAUCCCGAGGCAAUGCCUCAAACUCAUCAUCAUCUGGCGCCCUCAACUGCACCACCCUUAAUGAUCUUCAUCAGUAUUGUCCCGGCCAAGCAGUCUCAUCCUUUCGUGACCAACAAAGAUUUUGGGUGUAUGUGGAAGAUAUUACUCUCUCUUUCUACGGAUCAAUUUGUGUCACCCUCUUGCUUGUAAGUGGAGUUCCUUUGCAGAACAGUGCAGUCGUAUGGAUUCUACCACCGAGCAUAUUGCUCACUCUCUUCUCUCUUGCAUUUGCAUACCUCAGCGCCCUCGACUUUAUGAUCCCAGACCAUCUUUUGGCAUCGGGAUUGCAGAUCGUCACUGUCUUUGGAAUUGCCUUGACUGCUGUGAUGUCUUUCAUUCUAAUGCUUCUGAUUCCUUGCAUCCGGACUUUGUAUCUUGCCAAGAAGCGGAAGUCCACAAGUCGCUGCUGA